AUGAAAGGAUUUCUUGAGGAUGCAAACUACUCCAUUGGCUUACUGGAUGAAGGAGUAAAUGUUGGAGAUGUCAUUGACAACUGCAUUUAUGAACAUACUGUUGUAAGUGUUCCGCUUUCAGUAUUUUUAUUUUAUUUUUUAUAUUGCAAACUCAAAAAAUAAAUCCAUGCAGUUAUACAGGACCUCAGUUAAAAGCAAAAAACACAAGAGUAACAUUGAAGUAAAAUAAAUUAAAGAAACAGAAGUAAAGAACGGUUCAUCUGAAAAAAAACACACAAAAAACAAUCAUUUUGAUGAGAAGGCUAGGUUAAAAUAGUGGUGUUAAGAUGGUGCCUAAAACCUAUGACAUAUGAUACUAGCUUGAUUUCAUUAGAUGAGUUCCUUAGCCCCGUUACCACCAUAUGAAAUGCACAAUUGUCAGACUUGUCUGAGUGACAGUUCACAAAGAUCAGGCAGGGGUGUAGGGAUUAAAGCACCCUUUUAAGUACACCAGGUUAUGUCUGUCUUUAUAGAUUAAUAGCAAGAAUUUGAAGCUUGGUAGCAUACUGGCAGUCUGUGAGGCUCCCUUAACACAGGUAUUGCAUUCAGAAUUUUACACCAGUCUCAAGGGUAGCUCAACAUAGAGUGCGUUACAGUAGUCUAUCCUUGAGGUUUCCAUUGCUUGAACCAUCACAGUUAAUUUAUGCAGGAACCGUUGCAGCUGGUAAAUGCACUCCCAGCCACUGAGGUUUAUCUGUGCCUCAAAUGACAAAGUUGGACUUAGGAGUACCUUCACACUGCAUAGCUGCUCCUUUAGGGUGAGUGCAGCUCCAUCCAAAGCAGGAAACUGGCCUUUCUCCUAGACAUUGAAAUGGCACAGCCAUAGAGCUUCAGUCCUGCCAGGAUUCUAGGCUCAGUUUAUUGGCCCUUAUCCAGGCCACUGCUGCAUCUCUAGACACUGGUUCAGAACUUGCACAGCCUUACCUGGCUUAGACAUUGUACUGCCGAUUUUCAGAUUUAGAGGCGUUUCAACCACAAAUAAAGUUCAAAAACAAGGUUACAUUUUCACGGUAUGCCCAGGGAAAGUGGAGGAUGUCUGGGACAGUAAUAAACAAAAUGGAAAAUGCCCCCUAUGACUGCCAGCUACUUACUGUAUAUCUUUGUAGUUACUGUAGUCUUUAACUGUAGAUUCACUGUUUUUCUCUUUCUUCCUAGACUGGAAACAAUACUUUUUUUGUUGGUGAUCUGGGAAAGUUGAUUAAGCAGCACAUCCACUGGCAGAAUGUGAUGGCACCAGUAAAGCCAUUUUACAAUGUAAAAUGUAACUCCACUGAAGGUGUACUUGAGAUAAUGGCAGCUCUUGGAACUGGGUUUGCAUGUUCAAGCAAAGUAAGUAUUUGGCAUCUUACCUAAACAACUCUUCUCCAACCUGGUGCCCUGCAUAGGUUUAAGACUACAGCUCCCCUCAGCCAGCACAGCCAUGCUGGUGGAAGCUGUAGUCCACAACAUGGAGGGGACCACAUUAGGGUAGGGUUCUCUGAACCCUAAACCUCUAGUAGAGGAUGUCUAUAAGAGCUUGUUCACUCCUUAAGAACAGUUUUGGAGGUUCCGCUUCAUGUGCCUCUGCCGCCAGCGCUUUCGAGGUUGGUGACUAGAAAUAGUCCUGGUGGUGAUCCUGUUUAUGGAGUACCCACCUCCUAGGCAUGAUGGAAGCUAGUUCAUAUGUCUGUGUGUGUUUAUAUUCUUAAAGUGGCUUACAACAGAUUAGAGCAAUAAAACAAACAAUCCAGGAACAUUCCGCUGGCUGGUUGCAAAGGUUAGAAUGACCUUUCCCUCACUGCUGUGAUUGUAGGCCAACUAGCAUUUGGAGCAGAGUAUUCAUUACAGAAGAUAAGGGGUGAGCAAACUCCCUGCAGCUCAUUCUCAGGCCAGUGGCUGGAGCCAGCUCAUCUUCCCAGUUUUAUGAAGACAAUUGUAUUCUCUGGUACAUUCAGUGGCUGGGCCUGGCCUUUUUAUUCUUAAUGCUUGUGCCGAUUCUGUUUCAUUUGGUGUCUUAUUUUAUUCUAAUGCUGUAUUGGGUUUAAUAUUCUAAAGCUUUUGUAAACCACCCUGGAUGUGUUUAAGCUGGAAUUUAAACAUCUUAAUAUGAGGGGGGGUGAGAUAUGGAAUGCAUUCUUGACCGUAUCAUUGCUAUGCACAGGCGUGUGAUACCGCAAGCAUAUUAUAUUACUUAGGACCAUAGAAAGCUACCAUAUACUAUGCCAGACUUUCUCCAGUUAGCCCAUUGUCUGCUUUGACUGACAGUAGCUCUCCAAGGUCUCUUUGUAACUUGAGAUGCCAGGGAUUAAACUUGGGACCUUUGUGGAAAGCAUGGACUCCACCACUAAAUUGUGGUUCCUCUCCAGCCUAUGAACCUUCCACAUACUGAGAUUUUUGUACCCAACUUCGAUGCUCUGAUAACUGGAGUAAAUAAAAAGAAUCCAAAUACCAUUGUGAUGUCUUAAGAACAACAACUAAGAAUGACGUGUUUUAUUAGCGUAACUUGCAUAGCUUGUUUGGACAUUAUGUGCAUGUAGGACAGCUCCAGAGCUCCAAGCAUUAGAAACUUUCAAAACUUUGUAAGCCCCCCCCCCCCCCAAGCUGGCUUUAGAGUUUAACUCUAGAAACUUAAGGUAGAAUUUUCUUAGCCUUUGGGACACAGCAGCUUGCAAACUUAAACUAAGUAACUUUGGAUAACAAGUCUUGCAUUAGGUAUUACUUUCUCUCCCCCCCCCCUUUUAAUACCACUAUUGUGAUUUUAAAAAAUUCCAACCUUAUAUACUCUAAAUCUUCUUCACAACCUUUAUUUGCCUCUAACCUUGUUCAAAUGUUUGUUUGUUUUUUCAGACUGAAAUGGCAUUGGUUCAAGACCUGGGCAUUUCUCCUGAAAACAUUAUAUUCACAAAUCCUUGCAAGCAAGCUUCUCAGAUAAAAUAUGCAGCGAAAAUUGGAGUAAACAUUUUGACAUGUGACAGUGAACUCGAAUUAAAGAAAAUUGCUAGGAACCAUCCGAAUGCAAAGUAAGUAUACAGAAAUGUUUUCAUUUUACUUACCAUUGUGGGAAGUUGGGAUUACAGUAUACAAUUUUAAAAGAUUAUUGUGGCAUCUUAGAAGACGAACAAAUUGUACUAUGGCAUAAGCUUUCAUGAACUAGAGCCCACUGAAUUAAAUUUAAUAUAUGCUUAUAAUGAAUUAUCUCUAAAGGGAUAACCUUCUGAAAUACUACUUGCAGAGAAGUCUCCCUUGGCUGUUCUAACAUGCAACUCUUUAAAACUUGAGAAUGUAUACCUUGAUGACCCAAAUAUUAGUUAGGUGUGUUUGACAACAUAGUUUUAAGCUGUUGCUUUUGAAGAUUCUACUAACUUACCCUGAAAUUGCUUUAUCAAGAUACCUUAAAACUUCUUUUGACUCGGAAGCACCUCCUGCCAGGGUUAUGUGGGCUGGCGAUAUUAAAACAUGAAUAUUUCUAUGUAUUUACACACAUCAUUCUCUGCUUGGGACUCUGGCAUCAUGAUGAAAUGUAUCACAUGUUUGUUCAGAUCACCAUCUGAGAGAAUUGUCUCAAGAUCCCUUGAGCUGCUCCAGAAUGUUUCAGGGGGGGAAAUCAAGUACAAAUCUGGAACAGGCUGCUAUAUGCUGCGUGCCAGAACUGUGGUGCUGCACCAGAAGUGCACAUCAAGUUUUCUUCUAGUUUACUUGGGGUAGCAUCAGCAUGAAGGAGGAACAAAUGUAUGGCGGUGGAUUAUCUAAAACAGAUAAGGCAGUUAGUGGGUAAGUACAUGCCCCUUUGAAAUAAUAGAAUAUGAAGGCUGCAUGUCAAUCUCUGGAUUGUUUCAGUAAUUUAAUAUUCUGGCAGACUUCCUGGGCCUUGAGAGAAGAGUUCAUCCAGUAAAUGUGUCAUGCAAUUGGGCACCUCCUUCCUCAUUGUCAAUCUUUGUGUAAAAAAGUUGCUGGAGUUUAUUCUUCUAAUAGGGCAGCGAUUGCCAUGUGUUCAAGAAAUAUCUUACAUAUGUUAUAUGCUCCUACACUACUAAUGCAUAUUAUGAUCCAAACUUUUAUCAUCAGGUAUAUUGAUCCUUAAGAAAAAGGAUAAUAUAUAGUGCUUCAGUUGCAUGUUUUUAAGGGCAGAUCUGCAUGAGUGCUGUGGACCUUAUUUUGGGGCAAUAUAAUACACACUUGGAAAAUAUAAAGAUGCUAGCUUCCCACUCAUUCCGAUACCCAACACUGGCCAUGUAGUCACUUCUGUUAACUGAAUCAGCAGAGGACUAACACAGUCAUUUGUGGAGUAUGACGUUUGCAAGGCUAUUAAUGCAUCCAGCUCCCAAAGUAAGGUUUGGUAGACUUGGCCCUAAGGAUGUUACACAGACAUUUAGAGUGAAAUUAAUGGCUGUAUCUCUUUUGAUUAAUAUUAGCAGCUAAUUGAUGCUCAGGUUUGCAAGAAAUGACCCAUCUUUCUAGAAACCAAGGACUCAUUAUACUCUCAGUCAUCAAGUUCCAGUUUCUUUAAGGGUGUAAGCCCUGUUACCUUCAAAUGAAAUGCUGCCCACCAGCCUGUUCUGGCUACUACUAAAGGAAGAAGCAAGCAGCGAAGCUAAUAAAACUGGAAUUAAUACUUCAAAAAAGUACCCAAUGGGAGGGAAAAUCUGGGAUGCCUUCUAUUUCAAAUCAGCCAUAUUUUAUCAAGCAAACAGUACAGUAUUCAAAACCCAGUCAUAGACGUGGCUUGCAUGUAAAGGUAAGCUGAACCAUAGCUUGCUUGUGACUGCAUGGGCCCCUGUAGAGACAGUUGCAGCUGCUUUGCUAUUUUGCUCCUGCUAUGAAGCUAAGCUAUGGUUUGGCUUAGUAUGUUGUCUGAAUAGUGUUUCAUGAUUUGUCUCGUCCCAGACAAACCACAAGCUGUAACCAAGGAUUGUUCUUGGUUUACAGCUCGUCUCUUCCAGCCAAACCAUUAGCCUGAGUGUGGAUGGCAUGCUGCACUAAACCACAUCUUAGCUUGCAGCAGUGCAGUAAGACUGGAGAAGGAGCAGCUGUAACUGCCUCUACAGGGGCUAUGGUUUGACUUAGUGUUACAUGUGAACUGAACCAUAUUCAGCACAUUUUGCAAGAAGUUGUCACUGAGCAGCUUUAUGACAGCCAUGAUUACAUCCAAGGUAAUGUAUUUUUAUUACAGCAAUCAACAGGUUUUCUGCUAUAGCAGUUAUUAGCUGCUGCAUUUCCAAACCACUUAUCCUUUUUGACUCCAUAUUUAGGCCCUAAUUGCUAGUUUUCUCUCUGUACAGGAUUAUUUUUAUUAGGUUCCCUUGACUCGUCCAUCGGUGGAACUGGAGUAUUGGCAACAUAAUCAACAUACUUCUGACAGUCUUCAGGCUUCACAUGUGCUGAUGCUGCUGUAAACCAACUGUGCCCCAAUCAUCUUCCCCUUCUCUUAGGCUCUUGCUUCAUAUUGCCACAGAAGACAUUAAUGGAGAGGAAGAGAUGAACAUGAAGUUUGGCACCACCCUGAAGAACUGUCGGCACCUCAUGGAAUGUGCUAAGGAGCUGAAUGUCCAAAUAGUUGGUGUUAAGUAAGUAAUCCUGUCCUUUCUCCCUCAUCUUCCCUUCACAUUGCUGCUCUUUUCAGUGUGAAAGAGGAAAGCAGUGGACUUGAAUGGUAUAUGGGGUCUUGAAAUGUUCAUGUUAGGGAGGUAUCCUGAAUGUCUAUAAAAGUAGCCACAGUGUUUCAUAACUAUGCUUCCAAUUAUAUCUCAUACAUAUUAGUAAAAUGCUAUAUAAUACAGUGUCUUGUUUCUGUGCACCCAAAUAUUUGGAAAGAGAAUAUGGGAAGUAUUAAUACCAGAGAGAGAAAGAAACUGAACUCUUCAGGGAUAUUAGUUCCCAGACCUCUAGAAAAGUUUGUCCUAUAUAUGGUGUACAGUACAUACAUUUUCUGUGUGAUAAAAUUGACCUUUUCAGUUUAAGGCUGUAAAUUAGUUCCUAAAGGGGACCACCUAAUUUGAAUACAUAUGGCAGAUGAAAGUCAUUUAACAUGUAAGGCUUGAUAGGACAAACCCAUUUCAAACAAAAGGUAAACGUUUAGAAAUACAUGUAUGAAAGGCAACAGCAAUAUUCAGAGCAAAGCAAUUCGCUACAGCUUUCCCAUAGUCUCAACUAUAUAACGCCGCGUCCCUAGUAGCAAAUAUUAGACACCCAAAGCAUCUAAUUCCAAGAAGAUGGUUAUACUGAAAACAGAGGUCUCCUGCCUCAAGUGUCAAUAUACCUCCGGGUAUAGGGUGGUAUAUAAGUUCAAUAAAUACUAAUAAAUAAAUAAUAAUUUUGGGCAAAAAACUGUAACUAGUGAGGAUUGGGAUUAGAACUUCAAUGCUGAAUGAUAUUUCAGUAAUGUAGAGAGAUCUCUUUUGCUAAUACUGUACUGUACUCCAUCUUCUUGUUUACCCUUUGUAUAAGUCCCAUAUUUAUUAGCAAGAAAUCCUGUUGCUUUCAGUGGAAGCUUUUUCUAAGUAAGCUUAGCAUGGAACACAGACAGAUUUGAUUGGCUGGGUAAUUGUCAUCAUGUUUAUGGUCUAGGCUUCAAUAAGUGCAUAGAGCCAUUGAGAGAAUGAGAGAAUUGUGAAGCAAAUUUAUUGCAAACUUUGUGAGUUUGUCAAGCCAGAGUAAAUCGCAUAGAAUCUGCAGGGAUUUUUUAGCUAAAGUUAGUCUUUGUUUUUUGUUUGUUUCAGAUUUCAUGUGUCAAGCUCUUGCAAGGAAACUCAAGUAUACAAACAUGCUAUUUCUGAUGCUCGCUGUGUGUUUGAUAUGGCUGUAAGUGAAUUAUUGGACUUGUAUACACUUAAGUUUACAUGUUGAAUAUGUUCAGUACAGUGAAACCUUGGUUCUCAAACGGCUUAGUUGACAAACAAAUCAACUCCCGAACGCCGAAAACCUGGAAGUAAGUGUUCAAGUUUUCGAACGUUUUUCAGAAGCCGAACGUCUGACGCAGCUUCCACUUGAGCGCAGGAAGCUCCUGCAGCCAAUCAGAAACCGAGCCUUGGUUUUUGAACGUUUUCGGAGGUCAAACGGCUUCCAGAACAGAUUCCGUUCGAGAACCAAGGUACAACUUAAUUCCAUCACACAAUUGUAGAUACAUUUGUCAUUUUUUUUUGACAUAUGUGAAAAUUAGUUGAGUUGCCAUUUACUGUAUAAUCGUUUAAAAGGUAACAAAUAAAUCACCUUGUCUUGUUAAAAGAGCUCAGUGUUUUAAGAGUCUAUAUUACAAAACAAAAAGGGCACCUAAUACCUUGUAGAUAGUAAACUUUCUGCAUUUUUAUUUUAGGAAGAAUUUGGCUUUACCAUGAACCUGUUGAACAUUGGUGGUGGUUUCACAGAUUACGAAGCUGACCUGGAGGAGGUAUGAAUUUUGAUUUAGCUUUUUCCUAUAAAACUGGCUUAUUUAGUUAUUCACUUUGUUGAGAUUUGCACUUGCAGUGGAUAUACGUAUGAAAUAGCUAAAGAAUUAACGCAGAGAUGGAGGGUGGAUUUAUAGUCUUCAGUUCCAAUUCAGUCAUUGAAACUUGAGUUCACAAUAUUAUAUUUGGAUACAGAGCAGCCUUCCUUAACCUGGCGCCCUUCAGAUAAUUUGGACUACAAGUUGCAUCAGUCACAGCCAGCACAUUUGGAGAGCACCAGGUUGAGGAAGGCUGACUUAGAAAAUAGGAGUGGCAGACUGGUUUGAUCCUGGCUUGUUUAACCAAACCAAAGUAUAAAAUAAUCAGCAUUCCUCUGAGUUCAAACAUAACAGAGAGCACUGAUUAGUUUUAAAACAAAAGUUUGUGAACUUGUUGCUACACCAAAAUUGGAGAUGGGAGCACAGUAACCUGAGGCUUGUUUGCACAAUAGUAAAACACAUUUUCUUGUUGCAUCCAAAAAGGACUUUGCAAGUUUUAUAUUAUAGAGCUUCUGACGCUUUUAAAAAUGAAUUUUUUUUGGAAGAACUUGUGCAGUGAUAAGAAGUUAUAGCAUGUAGGCCAGGAUCCAAGGAAAUGUUGAUGAAAGAUCAGAUGCAACUUGUGUAGUUGCACUUUGAUUUGUUCAAGUGAUAUUUUGCACAGUUUAGCUAACUCUGCUUAUAGCUUCAUAACUUUCUCAGUGCUUGAGGAAAUGAUGAGGAAAACAACCACUCUAAACUUGGAAAGCAGAUUUCCAUAUGUGGAAGCAGAUCUUUGGGUCCCAGUCACAUUUUAUCAUAGUAACAUGUCCAUCUGUAUGACCUGUUUUUGCUACAGUGCUUUCUAAAAGAUAUUGUGCUAUAUGAGUACUGCUGCAAGUGUAUUUUGGUCUAGUUGCACAAAUGAGAAAGCAAUGUGUGUGAAUUGGUUCUCCAGUUUGUGCAACCCACAUGCUGUGAGUUACCUGACUGACCUAAAAUGUUUUUUGGAUACAGGUUCACACUGAGAGGGAGGAGAGGAGGAACACACCACAAUUGUCCUAAUUUAAAACUGCAAGAGUCUAAAUAUCACAACAAAAUCAACCAUUAUUUUCAAAUUACCCAAGAUUUUAGAUGGCUGCUUUUGAAUAGACCUAGAUUAUUUGAAAACAAGAUCAUAUUUCGUAGGAUUGAACACUGGGAAAAACAGCCUGAUAGGAGCAGUUGUAGUCCUCUAUCGGUAAUGUGCUAAAAUUUAUACAAUUCACUUGAUUUUAAUAGAUCAGCAAUAAUACAUCAUGUAUCCUUUUUAUUCUGAGGUAAAAUUCAGACGAACUAAGCAACUUGAUUGGUUCAGAUUUCCUCCCUCCCCAAGUUGUGAUAGUGAGUGGCACCGUUUCUCCCCUUAGCUUUCAACUUGACAAACGUUUAUCUAGGAACAGACUUAAAAUUUGAACUAAAGUUGUAAAUUAUAAAUUGAUACAGGUUUUUAAAUAGAUAUUCCCCUUCUAUCUUCAAGGUUAAUCAUAUUGUCAGUCCAUUACUUGAUACCUACUUUCCUGAAGAAUCUGGUGUGAUCGUGAUUGCGGAGCCUGGAUGCUAUUAUGUUUCUUCUGCAUUUACUCUAGCAGUUAAUAUCAUUGCCAAGAAAGCUGUUCAAGAUGACAAACCUCUUCUCUCUAAAGGUAGGCAAAACCUGUUCCACACGUAAAUCAGCAUAAAGAUUGAAGAAACAACAGCAGUGCUUUGGAUGCUAGCCAAAAAUUAAGCCUCUAAUCUAAUAGCUUAUUUUCUCUUUUAGGUUGCUGAGAAGCUUUUCUUUAUUUCAUUUGUUUCCCUUAAAGGCCAUAUAUAAAUACCACUAUUUAUAUAUAUAUAUAGCCUUUAAGGGAAACCACACAAAGCAGUUUGUUAAUGCUUAUUGUUCCAAUAUUUUAAAACAAUCAAAGAAAGCAGUAAAAAUAAGCUAUUGGGGUGGGGGAGACUCCUAAAAAUUAAAUUUCUCUCCUUGAAACAAGAUGGUCUUUGGUCAGUCCUGGUGGCAGCUGUGAGAAUGGGGGGUUUAUCUCAUCUUGAACAUUGGGAGUUCACCAGGCUGCUGUUUUCUCUUUUUCAUCUCCUGAGGUAUCGUGUCUCUUCCAGUAUUUGAGCUGGUUUCAAUUUAAAAGACAGUUGGCUUUUUUUUGAAUCAGUAAGGGCUCAGCCCUCAGGAGGAAAAAAUCUUUACUAUUUGUAAACUAGAACAUAUUUUCAGUUUCCAUAGAAACAUGCUGUUUCAGGCUUAGAGUUUUGCCUGGAGGGUUACAUUUCAAUUUUUGUUAAGCUUUAAGACUUCAGGGUUUGAUGUGCAUAGUACUGCUAAUUUGUAUGGCAGACCGAGGGUAUACCUCUGCAGUAUGUUUGUGUUCAGACUGAAUUAAGUGAAGAAUCUAUCUUAUUUAAUGUGCAAUCUUAAGAAUGUUCCAGGUCAUGAUUCAUAUUUGUCUCAGGAUACAUCUUAUAUCUGAUAUUCCUUCAUCAUGUUUCUUGUUCAUGUGCAUGUUCCAUAUGCUCCUGAAAAACUUAGGCAACUGUUUAAGAAAGGGCUGUAAGUGGAAACUUAUUGUGAAACUGUUAUUAAAAUGUAACAUCUUUCGUUACAGUGGAACAAAUAAGAAGUGAUGAACCAGUCUUCAUGUACUACAUGAAUGAUGGUGUUUAUGGUUCUUUUGCACGCAAAUUAUCUGAGAAUUUGACUACUAUUCCAGAGGUUCACAAGGUGAGAGCUCCUUUAUGUACUAUAAGCUGCUAUCCUCAACAAGAAUUGCUAAAUGAAAUUAUCAUUGAUUUUGUAUGUAUAGAAUCAUACAUGUAUAAACCUAAAUCUAACUGUCAGAACUGUUUUCAUGCAGAAAUACAAGGAAGAUGAGCCUCUAUUUGCAAGCAGCCUUUGGGGUCCAUCCUGUGAUGAGCUUGAUCAAAUUGUGGAAAACUGUCUUCUCCCUGAGCUGAAUAUUGGAGACUGGCUGCUCUUUGACAAUAUGGGUUCUGGUGCUUUGGGUGAACAAUCUGCUUUUAAUGAUUUCCAAAAGCCACCAGUUUACUACAUAAUGUCAAUCAGUAACUGGUAAGUUUAUAUUGUGUUGUACUUUAUGAUUCAAUCUAACUUUUACAAAACACUAUGUUCAAUAAUUUAUGAAGGAAGGUGAGCUAUUUCUAAGAGCAUAGACAUCUCAGCAAUGUGUGUACACCUUUUGAGAAACCCAAACUUCCUUUGAAAAUUGUUGCAGCCCGUCCCCCAGAUGCUUUUCCUUUUUCACUUGGCAACACAUGCUCACUUUUAACUGAAGAGUCAGGACAAUAGCUAGAGUGCUAGAUUUGGACAUGGGGAGACCCAUGUUCCAAUUCAAUGCAAAGUUUGUGUUCAACUGAUCUCACAAGAUACAAAGGCAAUAAAGCAUAAUUUUAUCUAGAUAGUGCAUGUGUGUUAGCUCUUGUUUUGUAGAGGCUGACCAACUAGCUUUGCAGAUCCGUAUUUAUUUAUUUUUUAAAAUUACAUGUCCAUUCAUACCCAUGCUAAGGUCACAUGUAGUUUAGGUGCUAAAAAGUAUUUCAGUGCAACCACAACAGUGGUACAGUUCUUUCCUUGGGGUAGACUCUUAAAGUAUCUGCUGGGCCAGCCCAAGCCUUGCUACAUGAAGCCUGGCUGCCUCUAACCAAUCACUAUACAGUACUGCACUUGCAUGCACUGCUAUCCUGGUCUAUAGGUAACACACCAGUGUGGGCAAACUGUAGCCUUGCAGAUGUUAGAUUCCAACAUAAAGUGGUCAAGGAUGAUGGAAGUUGGACUACCAGCUUCUGGAGGGCCACAGGUUUCCCUUUCUACUUGUUUUGUCCAUCUUGCUAAUUGGCCAGGACAUAAUUUGGCAUUAAGUGAAUGGAAAGUCAGCUUGUGGAAGAAGGAACAGGUUGAUCUGGGUAGCUAAGUUCAUUUUUAUCAGUCUUGCAGAUUGAUGGGAUUUUAUAUAUGCAGGCAGCGGCCAUUUCAUAUGGGGGUUUUGUCAGCAGAGCACACACAAGCACACCUGGUUAUGCCCUCUUCCAGGUCCAAAAUGACCCACACAUUGGUGAUCGUGCCUAAAUGGGUCACCGUCUGUACAACUGCAUGCUCGUAAGAUGAAGCAUAAUGAUCAAAAGUGCACAAAAAGUACCGUCUAUACUUUCUUCUGAAUAUUUGAUAACAUAAUGGCGGGGGAAAGCUAAAAUUAGGCAAUUUAAUUUGCUAAACUUGCAGUGUUUAGAACAGUAUGCAAAAUAGGAAAGGGCGGUGCUACAGUGCUUGGAAAACCCCCCAAAUGAAAUCUUUCUUCCCCUAUUUUGCCUGAAUAUUGUGUGUGCUUUCCAUUCCAGGUGUGAGAUGCAAGAUGCUGGGUUCACCUCUGACACACUGAUGAAGAACUUCUUCUUUGUGCCUUCUUGCAUUCAGCUGAGUCCUGAAGACCGCUUUUCUAUUGCAGCUUAA